AAGGUAGACGUUGAGCGCGUAGGAUCGCUGUUAUUAGUAGAUACUAUGUGCUUUUCCCACGUUCCAGUUGCCAGUUGCCAGUGCCAGCCUACGAAUGUUCUCUCUGCAGACGAAGCAAGUUCGUAGCAUAGACUCGCUCUCAUGCGCUGACGGUGAAGGACACCGGCCAAAAAUAUCGGCAGGGUUAUAGCCUUGUAACCGACGAAAAGAAAGACGUAAUUUGUGAUACAGCGAUAGGGAACAUAGGGAAGGCGUGGUUGCGACGACGUGUGUCGAAGGUAACGAAGGUUCUGAAAAGUUGUUUUGGUCUGAUUUGUGUCUUCCCAGCACACAAGAUGGCUAUUCUGGACUGGACGUGGCUAUGCCUAGUUUGGACCCUACUUGUCCUGGCGGCAGGAGUGGUACUGUACUUCUGGGGUACCAGCACAUACGGCCGGUUCACAAAGCAAAAUAUACCACACCUUAAACCGCUUCCAUUCAUUGGAAGUAUGGCACCAUAUAUGGGGAAGAAGUCCUUAUUUGAACAUUUACUGGAAAGUUACAACCAAUUCAAAGGCCACCAAUUUGGAAUUAUGUUCAUGUUUCGGAGGCCAGUUGUUUACGUGAGAGAUCUGGAACUUAUCAAAACAAUCGCUGUGAAAGAUUUCGAGUACUUCACAGAUCACCAAACAGAUUUUUUUGAAAGCGGAGAGUCGAUAUGGUCGAAACUGCUCUUUAUUCUCAAGGGCCAGCGCUGGAGAGACAUGCGGGCCACAGUAAGUCCUGCUUUCACAUCCAGCAAGAUGAAGACCAUGUUUGUGUUGGUGAAUGAAUGCAGUGAGCAGCUGCUAGACUUCCUGGAACAGAGCUAUCAACAGCCACUAGAAACCGGCUACAAAAUCAAAAGAGAUGGCGAUUUGUUGGUGCUGGAAGUAAAGGAAUUGUAUGCCCGAUACACAAAUGAUGUCAUUGCCACAACAGCAUUUGGGCUUAAAGUUGAUUCCCUAAAACAUCCAACAAAUGAAUUCUAUAUGAUGGGGCAAGAUGCCACCAGUUUUGGUGCAAUCAAAUGGUUAAUCUUCUUGUCAAUACCAAAGGUCAUGAAGUUUUUGGGCAUUAACCUCAUACCAGGGAAGAUCACACAAUUCUUCAAGACAUUGGUACUUGACACAGUUGCCACACGAGAACGAGAAGGCAUCAUCAGACCAGACCUGUUGCACUUGCUGAUCCAGGCUAAGAAGGGAACUCUACAUGAAGAGGACUCUGCAGAGGGUCAGAAGGGUGCCAAGAUAAAAUUAGAUGAUGAAGACAUCAUAGCUCAAUCCCUCCAGUUCUUCUUGGCUGGAUUUGACACAUCUUCCACACUUAUGAGCUUUGUCUCUUAUCUGCUGGCCAUACAUCCAGAUGUACAAACUCGGUUGCAGGAGGAGAUUGACAAAACACUGAAAAAGCAUGAUGGGAAAUUUACGUAUGAGAUGGUCCACAGCAUGAAGUACCUCGACAUGGUCGUGUCAGAAACACUACGCCUGUACCCACCAGCAGCAGCUGUGGGACGAGUUUGUGUUAAAAACUACACACUGAAAUCUGACCCUCCACUGGAAUUGCGUCCUGGAGACGACAUUAUGAUCCCUGUCUAUGGGCUGCAGCAUGACCCCAACUACUUUCCUGACCCUGAGCGCUUUGAUCCGGAACGAUUCAGUGAUGACAAUAAGCACAACAUCAACCCAAUGACAUACAUACCUUUUGGAUUAGGCCCAAGAAGCUGCAUUGGCAACAGAUUUGCUCUCAUGGAAACCAAAUCAUUGUUGGCACACCUGCUGUCACGUUUCAGCGUGAAAGUGAUUUCUAAGACACCAAUUCCUAUCAAAGUAAUACAGAAGGGUUUCAAUGUAACUGCAGAAGGUGGUUUCUGGUUGGGUCUAGAGAAGAGGAUCACUUAAACUGUGUACUAUAUUAUGUUUGUGCAUAGAAAAUGUGUGCUACUUACAUACAACAUAUACUCUAAUAUUUGUAUCAUAAUAUUCGUAAUAGUUUGAACUUAUAUUUUGUAUGUAACACUGAAGGAUGAAGCCAUACAGUGAGAAACAGAAGUAAAGUUCAGGCAGUGAUUAUGAAAUAUUUGAACAGUAUUGAGAGAGAAGAAGAAUAAGAAAGGAAAGAAUUAGAAAUGAAAUUUUUAGAGAAGAAGUUAUAAUUAAGAAUUUAUUAAAAGAUUUGGGAGGGAAACCAUUGGAAUAUUUUGGCCAUGUAAAAAUAAUGCAUGGAACAAGGGUAUUGAGAAGGGUAUUAGAAUUAAAAUUUGAAAGAAUGAAAUGUAUGUAACAAUCCAGAAAGAUGCGGUUUAUUCAAGUACUGAAAACAUCAAUAUGAGGGCUGGGAAAAAAAAAAUUAGAAGGAAAAUUGUGGUAUGUAGGAAAAAUUUGAGACCCUCUGUGUGUAGACUGCUACAAAAUGAAAACAAAUCAAGAACAACAGGAACAGGGGAGGAGAAAAAGAAAUUAUUUAUUACUACAAAAUUGAUGAGAAAAAUAUUUUUUACCAACAGAUAAGUAUAUUUGAGCAAGGUACAUUCCCCAGGAUUCAAGAGCAGAUUGUAAAAUUUCAGUAUGAAGUUAAGAUGUUGUUGAUGCUCUGUGAACUGCAAAGUUAUGUACAGGCCAUGUGUUUAGACAUGGAGAAAUAUGGCAAGAAAUAGUGAGGCAGUGUUUGCAGCUUCAUCAUGGGGGUGAGGAAGGGUGAGACACUGUUAAUCCACAUUCUCUCUGCAUUCUGAGUUAGUGGAAUCACCCAAAUCCAUUGCCCAGUCUCUUGAGAACCACCAGGUCUAAAAACGUGGACAGAACUGUCAGAUGAUAUACAGGAACAUUAUAUGUGUCGAAUGAAGAGAUGGAGAUGAAAUGAUAAAAUUUUUCCAUGUGAUUGUUUAAAGAGUUCAUGAGUCAGAUUACAUUAGUUAAGAUUUUAUUUUAUUAAAGUAUGAUACAACAUAGAAAGCUUGUAUUGUAAUCAACCAAUGUUCAUAUCAAUAUCAUAAAAAUGUUUAUAUAGAAUAAUGCAUCUCAACUAACAUAGAUGCUGACCCAGUGAAGGGAUGACCAAAAAUAUCCCCACACCAGUCAGAAUUGAAUGUAAGGAGUGUACCAAAACAUUAAUACCAACGAUUGUUUUUGGUGUAAUUAAUGUAUGAAUAUAGAGACAUACAACUCAGGGGCCAUGCAGAAAAGUAUUUUUAAAUAGCUUGCAUGUAAGUAUGUAAUCAAGUUGUCAGGCUACUCUCCUUUGGAGAGAAAUCCUGUUGAUGCCCUUAUCAAUUAACACACUGCUUUGCCAAGCUUCCUUGUGGCCUAUGCUAAUGAUCAACAUGAAUUCCAGUACUUCUAUAAAUAGAUUAUGUUCUAUUUUUAAAACAAGACAGCUGACAAUAAGGAAAAUAUAAUAAAUAAUUAAAAAUAUAUAUAUAUUUAUGAAGUUAUGCAAAUGUAUAUAUGAAUAUUACAGGUAUUGUGUUUCAUUGUUUGUUCAAUGACAGUGUACCAGAUGAAAAUGUUAUAGUGCUGAGUAUCUGAAUUAACACUAAAGUUUGUCACUUUACAGAUUACAACAGCACAAUUGUUGAGUUUAUACAAUAUAAUAUGUUUAUUAUAGGUUA